AUGGGCGUGGCUGCCGUUGCGGUUGAAAAGCGCCUCCCGCGUCUGGGGCAAUUCGGCGUGUCCCUCACCAGAGCCUGCCCGCUCCAGACGCCGCUAGACGUGUUCGAGUUUGCCGAGGGCGAACAGAGCGAUGCAUGCCGAACCUUCCUCAACAACAACGUCUACCGGGCCAUCGACGUCUUCUUUUGGGACCCGCAAUGCCUUCUCACCCUGUUCGAGACAAACAACUGCACCGACCCGGGUGUCGUUACGGGCCCAAACUGUUGGACCCCCGAUGGAGGCAUUGCCGCAUACAAGGUUACCUGCCCGUACAAGACGUCUUGA